AUGGUCCCAAAGGAAGAAUACAAGUAUGCAGGGAUUGUCAAGUUGCUCCUGCAUUUCAGAUGGACGUGGAUCGGUCUCUUUGCUCCAGACAAUGACAAUGGAGAAAGGUUCAUGAGGAUCUUGACACCCAUGCUCACCUCGAAUGGCAUUUGUGUUGCCAUCUCACAAAGAAUCCCAGAACGGAACAAGGCUGAAUUGUCAAUUACCAUUGAUUCAGAUCUCACAUGGAGACAAGUCAGAGUAUUUGUUUACCAUGCAGAGACUCGCUCUUUUUACAAUGGAAUAUUCCUUAUUAAUCUAAUACUCAAAGUGUUGGUAGAGGCCACUGAAGGGAAAGUCUGGAUCACAACAGCUUUCUGGGACAUCGCCUCAACAUUGUCUGACAGUAGGUUACACCUCCAGCACAGCCACCUUUUUUUUUCCUUCUUAAUCCAGAUAAAGAAUACUCCAAAGCUUGCAGAUUUUGAGCGGAUUCACAACACUCCUUACUUGAACAAAGCAUUUCAUUGUUUCUGUUCAAAGCAUGUGUUGUCUGUGAAAGAACAAGAAAGAUGUGAACAGAUAUUGCCCCUCGGUGAGCUUGCAGAAACUCUGUCUCAGGACAACUACAACAUUUACAGCAGUGUCCGGGCCGUGGCUCAUUGUUUAAAUGCUGCAUUCUCUUCCAGAUCCAAGAGGCUGGUGAUGAUGGGUAGAGGAGAGAGGUUGGAACCUCAGAAGCUACAACCAUGGCAGAUGUUGCCUCAUUCAAGGUGCACCAAAAAUUGCCUCCCUGGAUACGUCAAGGUGAUUCAGGAAGGAAAGCCACUUUGCUGCUACACUUGUGCUCUGUGUGCUGAAGGGACAAUCUCGGCUCAGGAAGAUGCAGACCAUUGCACCAAAUGUCCAGAAGAUCAAUAUCCAAGCAAGGACCAAGAUCAAUGUGUCCCCAGGUUUAUCACAUUCCUGUCCCAUGCAGAAUCUUUGGGGAUUAUGUUUGUUUCCUUUGCCUUCUUCUUAUGCUUAACCACAGGCUUUGUGCUAGGAAUCUUCAUUAAAUACCUAGAAACUCCAAUAGUCAAAGCCAACAACCGGGACCUCUCCUACAUCCUCCUCAUCUCCCUCCUGCUUUCCUUUUUGUCUUCCUUCCUCUUCAUUGGCCGGCCAAGGAAAGCAACCUGUCUUCUCCGACAAACAGCCUUCAGCAUCAUCUUCUCAGUUGCCAUCUCUUCUGUGUUGGCUAAAACCAUCACAGUGGUGCUGGCCUUCCUGGCCACAAAGCCAGGGAACAGGGUGAGAAGAUGGCUGGGGAAGAGUCUGGCCAAUUCCAUUGUCAUUUCCUGUUCCAGUAUCCAAGUUGUCAUCUGUGCCAUCUGGCUGGGGACCUCUCCUCCAUUCCCUGACUCUGACAUGCACUCCCAGCCUGGAAAGAUCAUCCUCCAAUGCAACGAAGGGUCUGUUGCCAUGUUUUAUGGUGUCCUUGGCUACAUGGGCUUUCUGGCUGCCAUCUGCUUCAUGGUGGCUUUCCUAGCCAGGAAGCUGCCUGGGGCCUUCAAUGAAGCCAAGCUGAUCACCUUCAGCAUGUUGGUCUUCUGCAGUGUUUGGGUCUCCUUUGUGCCCACCUACCUGAGCACCAAGGGGAAAUACAUGGUAGCCGUGCAAGUCUUCUCUAUCUUGGCCUCCAGUGCUGGGCUUCUGGGCUGCAUCUUCAUGCCCAAGUGCUACAUUAUUGUACUCAGGCCUGAUCUGAAUAAAAAGGAGUAUUUAACAACAAAAACUAAAAAUAUCAUUUGA